AGAUAAAAAGUUUUAAAAAUCAUUUUUGUUUGACAUUCUUGCCAAAAAUCAGUCCAGAUAAGAAUGAACACUUUUAAAAAGGAAAAAUGAACCAAAACGUGGAUGCUUCAGAUUUUUUAUAUGACGAGUUUACAGUAGAGAAGAUUUUGGAUCGAAGGCAUUACAAAGGUCAAGUUCAAUACUUGGUUAAAUGGCUGAACUAUACUGAUGAAGAAAAUACCUGGGAAAUGGCCACAGAUCUGGAAUGCCUUACAUUGAUAAACUCUUUUGAAUCGGUACGAAAUCUAAAGAGAGGGCAAAAUCUAAAUACUCUAUACGAAAAAAAGGCAAAACGUCUUAAAAUUGAUCCAAGCUUGGUGAUGGAUAAUCCUUUCAAUCAUGAUUUAAAAGCCCAAGAAAUUCGGCAGGCCUUAAAAAUCAGUGGUGAAAUAUCGUUUUCAAUUAAGUUCUUUGAUCUCGAACAACCUGUAAUCAUUCCAUGUGACAUUGCAUAUGUGGAGAUUCCGCAGAUGGUUUUAAAGUUUUAUGAAAAGCAAUGGAAAUUUGAAGAUUCUCAGAAUGAAUACUUAAAGAAUUAUAUUUAAGUUUAUGA